AUGAAAAUUGAUAUUCAUAGCCACAUUCUGCCUAAGGAAUGGCCUGACCUGAAAAAGAGGUAUGGAUACGGUGGAUGGGUACAGCUGGAUCAUCACUGCAAGGGACAGGCAAAGAUGAUGAAGGAUGGAAAGGUUUUUAGAGUUAUUCAAGAGAACUGCUGGGAUCCAGAAGUACGGAUUAAAGAGAUGGACCAGUCAGGAGUCACCGUCCAAGUCCUGUCCACAGUCCCUGUAAUGUUCAGCUACUGGGCCAAACCUCAGGACACUUUAGAUCUUGCUCAGAUAUUAAAUAAUGAUUUAGCUGCUACAGUAAAGAAGUACCCCAAGAGGUUUAUUGGGCUGGGCACAUUACCUCUGCAAGCUCCAGAGCUGGCUGUGAGGGAAAUGCAUCGCUGUGUGAAUGAACUUGGAUUUCCUGGAGUGCAGAUUGGAUCUCAUGUCAAUGAAUGGGACCUGAAUGCCCCAGAGCUGUAUGAUAUUUAUGCUGCUGCUGAGAAAUUAAAUUGCUGUCUCUUUGUGCAUCCCUGGGACAUGCAGAUAGAUGGAAGGAUGUCCAAAUACUGGUUUCCCUGGCUAAUAGGCAUGCCAACAGAAACAACCAUGGCCAUUUGCUCCAUGAUUAUGGGAGGAAUUUUUGAAAAAUUCCCUAAGCUGAAAGUUUGCUUUGCACAUGGAGGAGGAGCUUUUCCAUACACAGUGGGUCGAAUCUCCCAUGGCUUCAACGUGCGCCCUGAUUUGUGUGCCAUGGAUAACAAGGUGGAUCCAAGAAAAUACCUUGGCUCAUUUUACACAGACUCUCUUGUCCACGACCGUGGGGCACUAAGGCUGCUAACAAGUGUAGUAGGAGAGGACAAAGUUAUUUUGGGGACAGAUUACCCUUUUCCACUUGGAGAACUGGAACCUGGAAAAUUGAUUGAUUCAAUGGAUGAUUUUGACUAUAAACUGAAGGAUAAACUCAAGGCUGGAAAUGCUCUGGAAUUUUUGGGUCUUAGCAGAAAACAAUUUGAAUAA